AUGGCGGCCAGCUUGUUGGUGGGCACGGCCAUCAUUCUCCCCUUCCCAUUCUACUACAUUCUGUGGACCUACCCGCAGGCCUGGGUGGACCUCUGCGGCAAAGGGGUGGACCCGUGCCACCGGAUGGCGCAGGUCGCCCACGCGAUCAAGGCCCUGCAGCUGAUCGCCCUCCUUUCCGUAUCGCAGUUCUGCCGGCCGCCGUGGUAUUGCUGCCUCCUCUUCGUCGCCGGCCAGUUCCUCAACUUCAAGUGAGAGAUCUACUGUUUCAUUGUUUUCUCCUUUUGUUUUUCACCACCCUCGUCUCAGCAUCCUUCUUUCUUGGUCUCAUGGUCAUGAAAAAGAGCUUGGUCGUGCAAUUCAUGGGAAGAGAGGGAACCCCAGAGGCGUUUCCCCGGGAGAAGAAGGCGUGUAUGUUCGGGUUUUGACUUAGAAGUGAAUUCUCACUCUCUAGAGAUCGGCCAUGUACUUCUCUUAAGGUCGCUCUGCUUCUCAGUUCUUCGCCAAAAAUAUCUCAGUGAAGAAGGUGUUGGAAAGUCAUUGGUGGAGGAAUCGAGAAAAAUAGAAAGAAGAGAAGUUCGUGGACACUUAUCAUUAUUCGAACAUGCCUAGACACUACUUACCUGAUUAAAAUCGACUCUAUUUCCGUUAUCUGGUAGGGUUCUUGCCAAUCAUAAAAAAUAAAUAAAUCAAAUAUUAAUUAAAAUUAAUUCCUAUGUAAGCUAUAUGCCAGCGAUGCAGUGGAAUCAGAUGUUUGUCGGUUUUUUUGUCCAUUCUGUAGCUACGUAGUGGUUCAAUAUAUCUGCAGUUUCUGCUUAUGGGCUCACAAAGUGUUUUCUUUCGGAAGAAUAAGAAAAAAGAAAAAACUUGGAUUCUCAUUUUAAUCAAUGCCAUCAAUUCUGGAGGAGAUCUCUCUUCCGAGAAGGGAAUAUAUAUUUUUGCGUUCUGCUGUUUCAAAAUAGGCAUUUUUUUAGAAUUUAGUAUGCUCCAAGGAAGCGGAUUAAUCAAUAUAAGCUUACAUAAAUAGCUCUUUAUGCUGUCAUUCCGUGAAUAGAGAUUGAACUAGACUGUCUCUCCUUCAAGGUUUCUCUCCAGACUUCUUUCUUGGUCGUAAUUUCCCAAAUUAUGAGGAAAUAGUGAGUGUUAUGCUGCCGUACAAUGGGCACAUUUAAUAGUCACAAGACAUAGUAUGAAAUUUUGUAUUUUUUGGCAAUAGAAUUAGGCUAACUGCCUCACAGAUAUUGAUCAUAUCAACAUACUAAAUUUUUCCAUGGGUUCGUCAGUUGGGGUGUAGUUACCAUAUAAGAGAUCAUACCAUGAAAUUGGUCUCUCUUCAUCCUCAUCUGGGCUCUAUGCAAAACGGUACCUUUAUCCUUAUAUUCCCAGUCAAAUAUGAUUAAAUGGGAACUAAGAAAGAAGAUGGCGACCCUCUUGCAGAUGCAAGGUAGCCAUAGACAAAAAAUUAUUUGAAAAAUCCUUAUUAGAUCCUAUGAGAAUCGAUCUGAUUAGACUCGUACUGGUAAUAUUGAUUAUGUUGAGCAUAAGAUUGCCUUUCUUCAAAUUAAUUUCUUCACGUUGGAUCGUUCCAUGUCUGGUUCAUCACCCGGUUUAGAAAUCAUGUUUUUGAUCAUCAUUGUGGUUCUCAUCCUCAUCCAUAUGAUUUUUCCUCCCUGUGUGUUCUCACGCCCAUCAGCUGAAGUCAUGAGACUCUGAUGGGUCUAUUUUAUUUGCAUGCAUCUGUGCAAGUAUGAAUUUAUAACAAGCAUCUGCUCAGGAGUCAAUAAUCUAGUAUUUCCCUGAAUUUUGCGUUGACAUUGGAGCAUGCUUUGCUAUUUUGGGCCCUCAUACUGCUCGAAAAUUUUGUGUGUGGAUUAAUAUGGGAAUAUUAUUAUCAGUUCCCAAGGGUUCAGAAGCAGAUGAAGGUGACUUACCGGGCAAUGGGAGGGAUCCCACUGUCAGCAUUUUUCUUCUUCUAAGUGUGCCAGGGACUCACAUCCUCAGCUGUUCCAGGGUCUACCAGCUGCUCGGUGAGUCAGGCACAUUCUAUGGCGUCAGAUUUGGGAAGACCAUCCCCUGGGUGACCGAGUUCCCCUUUGGUUACAUCAAGGACCCGCAGUACGUGGGGAGCAUCCUGAGCCUCGUGGCCUGUCUCUGCUGGGUUCCCUUCCAGUACGUGCUCCUGUGGGCGAUGGGCUACCUCUUCAUGAUGAAGAUAGAGUCUGAAGAAGAUCCCUCUACCAGGGCAAAGACCCUCCGUUGA